AAAAGUCUUUGGUACUAGUUGGACAUUCCUUAUCACAGAAGCUCUCCAGCUAAUAUCACUGAACUUCAGCUCCUCAGUAACAAGAACAAUAGUCGCGUUCAGUCUUUACAUGAUAGAGAAAUAAAACUGAAGUUCUGUAAUUACAGCAAGAAAUGGGUCUAUGAGGUAAUAACUCAAGUAGGUUGUAUGAAAAUGUGUGGCGUAUACUUCCUACCUCAACACUACUUUGUGUUGGUCUGUCACACACUGUCCCAAGCAAAUACACUUGAGCUUGGGAUUGUAAUUUGGUAAACUUCAAGGGCUGUGAACCCUCUUCAUGCAGGGCCAUGUAUCCGUUCUUUCAAACCUGAAUGUCUGAUUGAUUUUAUGAAGCCAUACAUGUCAGAGAUGAGACAAUAGUGACAUAACUGCUUUUCAAUUAGCAGCCGUCUCUUAUUGCCCCCCAGUUGUCUCAGCUGUGAAUACACUGCAGAGGUUUUAAUGAAUGUGAACAGCAAGGACUCCCAGGUGACCCACUGGUGCUGCGGAGUGAUAAUGAAAAGGGAGGGUACUUUGUAGGAACUCGUCCAUGCCGCUGCCUCCCCCCAAUUAUUCAUUCAUCGGAGGUGGUGUGCGACCGGAGAAGCACGCUCGAUGUUUGCUCAGUCAGCCGGCUGAGCAUGUUGAUUCUCUGAACUCAGAGAUGAGAGGGGCGCCCACAUCUAUAGGAGGCUCUGGGAACAUCACCGUUUGGGAGGCCUACAUUGACUUCGCCCUUGUGGUGACAAACAGUUUUGUUCUGCUAAUCACCUCCGCUGUGGGAACAGCGGCGAACGUUUUUGUGAUCCUGGCGGUGUGUCACCAAAAGUCACUGCAAACGUCUGUCAACGCGCUGGUGGUGAACCUUGCCGUCGUGGACUUUCUGCGUUGCACCGUCGACUGCCCGGUUCUGCUGCACGUGAUUGUGACGCUGCACCGUGGAGGGCAUGUGGACCGUCUGAUCUGUGAAACGCAAACGGCCUCCUUCUCCUUCAGCUGCUGCAUCCAGCUGUCGACGCUGGGCUGCAUAAGCGCAGAGAGAUACCAGGCGAUUGCGAAUCCCUUCAAAACAACUCAACGGAAACGACGGAUGAUGGCACUGAUUCCUCUUACGUGGCUCCUGGGAGUUUCAGUGGCUGCUGUUUGUCAGGUGUUCUUGAAAGACUCACCUGUGUACGUAAGAUGUAAAGAGGGCCAAAGGGGAACGUCCUCGACCUACGACACCGUUGGUCUCUACAUGCUGCUCCCUCUCUGGGUGUCCUGUUUCGGGGUGAUCACUGGCUUCUACGCUCGCAUUUUUGCUCUACUGAGAUCACACAAUCGCAAGAUAUUUGAUGAAGGCACUUCUGUUCCUUCAAAAGUCUCAAAGGAAGACAAGCACACCCCUGCGGUGGAAAAUGGGCAAGACAAAUGUGAGAACAAGCAGAUCUUGAGUACAAGUGUUGUUGAACCAAGUCCAAUUGGUAAAAACUCCCUCCUGGCCUCGGAGGGCGCCCCACACAGCGCCUCCAUUACUUCUGAAAGAAAAACCGAGUUUAAAAUUACAGUAGCGAUGAGUCACUUGGAGAAGGAACAACUCCACCCUCUUGCAGCGCAGAACGCACUGCAGACUGUGGAGAAAAUGUUAAAAACGGAGCAACGCAGUGCUGACAAAACAGAAGCAAAAACCUCAAAUCAGGAUACACCUGCUGACAGAGAGACACAGGAGAAGUCAAGAAGCCUUAACCGAGAAAAUCAGACCGGAGAAAGCCUGAAACCUGAAAGUCCAGUCAAAGUGAACAGCCUCCUUAUUGUACCAUCUACUCAAUCAGAGCUCCCUAAAUCUACCUCUGUCUUAUUAACUGGCCUGAAACAAGAAAACAACAGCACCGGAGGAGAAACACAGGCAGCACCUACGCUAGAUCAAGAGCCUCCACUACCUCCUGUCCAAAGUAAUGAAGCUGUAAACCUGGAGGUCCAGUUGGAGGGGGCUGUCUGCGUCAUGCCUUCGAAGGCCAGCAAGGAGAGAGCGAGCAAAAGGAAGGAAACUAAAAUGGCCAAACGCGCCGGGUAUAUCAUCAUAACCUUCCUUUUGUUCUGGCUGCCGCUGAUCACAACCAUCCUAGUGAAUUUUCUUGUCCACAAAAACAGGAAAAUGCAGAAGCCAGUCAUUCAAGACAUGGAGAUCCUGUCAGUGUCUGUCUCCUGCAUCACAUCCCUGAGCGACCCGAUAAUAUACGCUGCAGUGAACCCGCAGUUUCGCUCAGAGUUUUACAGGCUAAGGAGCUGGGUUAAAUCCAGAUUCUAUAGGAAGUGAGAACAUCUCUGACUUUUACACUCUGAUAAAACUGGAUGCACACGUUUGGAUUUAUGGCACCCUUUAAAGUGUGAUUUAGUUCACAUAUGGUCAAUUUACAGCGACAAACACCAAAGUGUUUCAUGAGGACGUGAUUGGUGAUUGGCUAAAUCGUGGAGUGAAAGAAGACUUAGAUCAUAAAUGUGAUUUAUUUGCUAAUUUCGGGAAGAAAAUACAAACAUGUGUACUCUAAUUACUGUUCUGGAGAUUAUAAAAGAUGCAUUGGCUUGUAUUUAGGGUUAUUACAUUAAAAGGAGGCAAAAUAAAAAUUCACAACAGUUUUUAUCUAUCUUCUGAGAAUUGCUGUUUUUCUUUCUUAACUUUACAAAUACACACAGCUCUGCAUUGGCUUGUCACAGAAAAUCUAAAUAAGACACAUUGAUGUUUUAUAGUUUGCAACUAGAGAUACACCAAUAAAUGAGCCUGAGAUCAGUUGUCAAAUUUGUCCUUUCUGAUAGAAUUUAUGUUUUUUUCCAAUAAGUGGUCAAACACCAAAUAGAUCUUGUUUUUUUCAUAUUCAAUAACUGCACCAAAACUAAUCACAAUUUUCUGUAAGCACAUCAGGAACCGUUUUGAGUUUCAUUGAAACCUGAUGAUACACUUUUGUCAAAAAAAAUCUUGUCUUGAAAACAGAGAACCUUCCAAAAAAAAAAGAUUUCUUACAUGUUUUAUAUUCCUUAGAAAACAAAAUCUGUCAAAUGAAAGAGCAGAAGGUCAGACCUUAAAGAUCAGUAUCGGUCAGUAGAAACGUCCAGGUGUAAUAUGACAAAAUGUGAAGAAGUUAGUGGUGUAAAAACAGUUUUUUAAAGGCACAGUGGUACACAUCUGAUGUAAUACAGUGCAUAGUGCCUGAUUAAAAAAAUAAAAAAUAGUCUAAGUCCCUUUUGUAAGGGGAUUUAUUUCUUUUUUUUUUUACAUUGAGGUUAUAGGAGGUCUUUUGUUUUACAAACCUCCAUGCUUUCUGCCAUAUUCCACCUGCUGGCUUCUCAGCGCUUGCUAAACGCUACAGAGCAGAGGCAUCGCAUGCUGUGAGGAGCUGCUUAGACCGACAUUCAGCUCAGCAGGGCGGCGCCACAGAGCUCCGCGCCAAACAAUCAUUGAGGUCAGCUGGUGACUCCAGAGACCCCGCUGCCAGGACCCACCGCUGGGCCAGCAGGUCCUCACAUGUUCCACAGCAGCUCCUCCUUAUGAUCCACUCUUUGUAAAACACACACACACACACACACCUGGAGUAAACAGGGUAGAUAUUAAAUUAUAAUUUAUAGCCCUCUCGUGAAAAAUGAAUGUUAAAAUAGGAAUUUCACAAAUUAUUGUGAAGGACAGAUAAAAAACAGACACAAAUAUUUGUGUUAAACAACAGUAGUAAAAAUAUUCCAGGAUCCUUCAAUGUAAUGAAAUGAAAUGUUAGCUUGAUGAUAUUUAUCUAUACAUGUAACUUGUUAAUGUCCUGAGUUGCUCAAAUGUAUAUUUCCACAUAGAUUUUAUUUGAAUUGCUCCAGUCCCUACUGCAGCAAAAAAGAAUAAAUAAAUAAAUAUAUAUAUA